AUGAAGAAAAAACGUAAAUACUUAGAUGGGAAGCAAGAAGAAGCUCAACUUCCCGACGGUGAUGGUGGUGACGGUGGUGUCGUAGGUGCUGCUGCCGCUAUGGGGACGGUUGCAUAUCAUCGCGACAAAAUUAUGAAACACUUUAAGAAUAAGCAAAUAAAACAAUCAGCAGGGGGUAAACUACAAUUGGGGUCAACGGUUACAAAUAUAUCUUACGACGACCUCAUGCGCGAUCUCACCCAUAAUUAUAAAAAGAAAAAAAUGAAUCUGAAUGAUGCAGAGCAGCGUAAAGCCUUGUUAGCGCUACGACACUCGGGAAUGCCCGCCAGUUAUAUCCGUAACGACGUACUUCACGAUAGAUAUAGAAAUUUAUUACAGACACCACCGCCACCACCAGGGCCGCAACAUUUGUAUCAAACACCUGAGAAACAGUUACCCGCAACACCUACGUAUUAUCAACCGCCGAAAAAACGACGUGUAUUUGGCACAUCUCGUUGGUACAUGCAGGACAAGUAA